UCUUAAUGGUGGAUACAACAAAAUAUAUUGACUUAGAUUAUAUAAAAUUGGAUAUAAUUUUGUGCAGAAGACAUAACAGGUUUAAGCAUUACGGUUUCUCAUAUGCUACUGAGAGAGCAUCACAGUUAUUUUAUGAUGUGUUCAAAACCAUGCCACCGAUGGCCAAAUAUAUUAUUGAAAUCAUAAUGUUGAAUUUGUACUGUUAGUGGUUGUAUCUGGUUUUCAUUACUUGAGGCUUGAUUAACACAUUUGGAGAACAUCAUUUAAGGAAACAAGGCCACACUUCCUUUUCUGUCAGUUGUUCGUCAUGGUCUUAUAUUUAGAUAGUUUGUUCCUCAAUUUGACAAAAGAACUUCAUAGAGCUCGCCGAAGUCAGUCCAGAUUUUUAGAGAACAUUUGAACGAUUGGAGAGGAAAAUGAAGCUGAUUUUCUUUCUUUUUGUGCUUUUGAAGAACGGAAUGAAUCCAGCCAAGGGACUCCGUGCGCUUUAUUCAUCAGAGCAAAUUAUUUUAAAAUAUUCCUUUGACCCGAUUUUUAAUAGUUAUGAAAAAGUUUGCUGUAAAUUUGAUCAGUCGGUGUGCUCCACCUUUGUGAACAAUAGAGGACAAUUAUACAAUCACCUGUAUCUAGGAAGAAUAUUCAUCAACAAUUACAGUGGAGAAUUUGAAGUAAGAAUUACACACCUGAGUGUAAUGGAUGCUGGCAUAUACAGCUGUGGUUUCAGAGGGGUUUCUUGGUCCUUUGAAAGUGUUGAAGUUACAUUUUCUGAUCUCAGUAGAGUAACCACAGCUCCUCUCUUGCCAAAAUCCUCAAUCAAGCCAACCUUCUGGCCCUCUUCUCCCUCUACAACCACUGUUUCUGAGAACGACGCAGAGAAACUCAGCAGUGACGGCUGGAAAACAUCCUACACGCUAGCAGCUCUUUUAAGUGUUCUGGUGUUUGCUGUCGUCUCAUUGACACUGAUUGUCUAUCGUCUAAAGACCAGGAAGAAAAAAUCCAUAGAAAUAAGUGGAACUUGUGGGUCUGCUAACACCACAAUGGAACAGAACAGCAUCACCUACUCUAUGGUGCACUUCAAGCCCCACCAGGAUCCAUCUGAACUUUAUGCCAAUUUACAGAUACGCAGUCCAGGAGACACUGAUCCUUCUUCAAACUGUACAGUCACAAAAGAGGGAAGUGUAAUAUACUCAACAAUUUUGAGAGCACCAGCAUAAACAUUUGUGAUGUUUGUUUUCUAUAAUAUUUUCAUUGUUUGUUGUUUUUGGCUGAUCAAUGGAUAUUUUUUUAGCAUUUUGAGAACUAUUAAUGCAACACUGCUUGAUGUGAUAUCAAAUAUAAAUUAUGAUUAAAAAAAUGCCUGAAAACCUCUGUGUGGUAAAAAAAAAA